UCUGUAGGCGACAUGCGCAUGUGCAUCAGUCAGCUUCCUGGCUCUACGGUUUGCGCCAUUUUCUUUCUCUUAGCUAGCUAGCUUAGAUACCGUAGAAAUAAAUUGAUUUAGGGCCUCUUCUUAUUUAAUUCAGCACACCCAGUUAGUUAGUCGACAUUUAUGCCAAUCGAUUUCUGAACAUGGAAGACGAAAGCCACCCCAAAACCCUGUAUGUUGGUAACCUGUCCAGAGAUGUAACAGAAAUUUUGAUUCUUCAGCUGUUCACCCAAAUUGGACCUUGCAAAAGUUGUAAAAUGAUAACUGAGCAACCCGAUAGCAGGAGGAUGAACUCUUCUGUCGGAUUUUCUGUUUUGCAGCAAUCAAGCAAUGACCCGUAUUGCUUUGUGGAGUUCUUUGAACAUAGAGAUGCUGCUGCUGCCCUAGCAGCCAUGAACGGGAGGAAGAUAUUGGGAAAGGAGGUCAAAGUAAAUUGGGCAACCACUCCAAGUAGCCAGAAGAAAGACACAUCUAAUCACUUCCAUGUAUUUGUUGGAGACCUGAGCCCUGAGAUCACCACUGAGGAUAUCAAAGCUGCAUUUGCCCCUUUUGGGAAAAUCUCGGAUGCUCGUGUUGUGAAGGACAUGACUACAGGGAAAUCUAAGGGGUAUGGAUUUGUGUCCUUCUAUAACAAACUGGAUGCAGAGAAUGCCAUUGUGCACAUGGGGGGACAGUGGUUAGGGGGACGCCAGAUAAGGACCAACUGGGCAACUCGCAAGCCACCCGCCCCAAAGAAUGUGCAAGACAAUGGCUCGAAGCAGCUGAGGUUUGAAGAUGUAGUGAACCAAUCCAGUCCCCAGAACUGCACUGUGUACUGUGGAGGAAUCCAGUCCGGACUAUCAGAGCAUCUCAUGCGUCAGACAUUUUCGCCCUUUGGACAAAUCAUGGAAAUAAGAGUUUUCCCAGAGAAAGGUUACUCUUUCAUCAGGUUCUCCUCCCAUGAAAGUGCUGCCCAUGCAAUUGUUUCUGUAAAUGGAACGUCCAUCGAAUGCCACAUAGUGAAGUGCUACUGGGGCAAAGAAUCCCCCGACAUUGCCAAAAGCGUACCACAGAUGGAGUAUGGUCAGGGUCAGUGGGGACAAUGGAGCCAAAUGUAUGGGAGCCCCCAGGCCCAGCAGUAUGGACAACAGUACAUGGCAAAUGGUUGGCAAGUGCCCUCUUAUGGAGUGUCUUAUGGACAGUCUUGGAAUCAGCAAGGAUUUGGUGUAGAGGACUCCAUUCUGGCUGCAGCAGCACAGAACCUUUCAAGCAGACAGUCCCAGUCCCCAGCCUGGGUUGGAGGGUUUGGAUCCCCGGCACCGUCCCAGCCUCAGACCGGUCCUGUGAUGCCCAACCAGGGAAACUUCAACAUGGCUGGCUACCAGACACAGUGAGCAGGCUCUCACUCAUAUCAAUAACACAGGCAUGUCAGGCAAGUCAGAAUUAGUGGACUUUCAAUUAGGAGAACAUAAAGAAAUUAGCAUUGUAAUCUAAUCAUCUGGAGAGAUUGUGUUAAAGCAGAGAAGAUCAGGAACAAUAGCUUAACUCUCAGAUAUAUGAGGAAGCAAAUGUUAUUUAUAAAGACAAGUAGUGAGGGGAGGGGGUUGUUUUUAUUGGCUGAAGUUAUGUACAAAUGAAAUGUCAACAGGUGGUUGAAACAAAACUUGGACUGAAUUUUCAUGCUUUUAUAUAGGGAAUAUCUUUUAAAAAAUAAAGUUUUUGUUUACUACUUAAUGUAGCCUAAACGGACUUAAAAGGUAAUUUGAAUACCCUAGUUUGUCACAGGACAUUGCAUAGGUACAUAAUGUACAUUUUCUGAACAUACAGCUCUUUAAAUUGUUAGUUUCUCCCCAUCAACUCUGAUUGUGCGUUUGCUGAUUUUUAAAUCACUUUCUGAACUUUUGACAGAUGUGAGUAAACACAUUUUCAGUCUCCUGUUUUAAGAAGCACUUUUAGGGUUCACAUGUUAGUUGUAAAUCUUCAAAUGAAUAUGGAUUUGCGUGCCAUUAUGUAUAUUUACAUUUUAUUUACUUCACUCUCUUCAUCUCUUGACAUUGUACCAGCCGAAUUUCUUGAAAAUGCGUGUAAAUCUGUAUGCUAUUAUUUGAUUAUACCUGUAAAUGUCACUUAUAAAGGAAAAGGGUCAGGAAGGCCAAACAUUUAUAUAACCCUCAACCUGAUUUAAAAUAAGGAUUUCCAAGCAUGUACUCUUUAGUAAACCUAAUUCUGUAUAUACUGUAGAUGGGUGUGCAAUGCAGGGCUGACAUAUUGAAUAUAUUCAAUAUAAUUUACAAAGAAGCCUUAAUUUAAAUGUCAGUUAAUGCACCAUUCAUUAUUUUACUCACUGAAGCCCUGUUAGAAACCUGAACUCUAGAUUUUAGAACUGAUGUUUUUACCAUUUAAAGUUGUGUGCCAUUUUCAGCUAAUAGCAGGCGACGAGGAAUUAACAUUUCCUGGAAACAUUGAGGGUGUAUUGCACGUUUUUGAAAAUGUAUUAUCUUGGUUGCUCAAAGUAUUGAAUGUAAAUGGCAGAAUUGUUUUAAUGAUGAAUAAAGCUCAGCGAUUGACAAAAGUCCCUUUUCAAUGUAAAAGGGUCUCAAUAAAAAUUAUUAUUGGAAGAAAAUAA